GUGUGUGUGUGUGCGCACAUCCUCCUCAUAGUCAUACCUCAGCGAGGUGGCGACUGAGAGCGGCUGCACGCCACACAGAUGAGACGCUGCAAGAUGGCGAUGGCGCGACUGAUAGUGUGUUGUGUCCUGUGCUCCAGCCUGGGCCACAUCCCGUCAUCGCUGGCUGUAAUCCUCCGAACCACGGACAAGAUUGUGUGGGCCAAUGAGUUUGAGCCCAUCGAGCUGAGCUGCUUAAUAGAGUCCAUUUCCACCAACAACCCGAGGAUUGAGUGGAAAAAGAUUAGAAACGGCAUCCCGAGCUAUGUGUACUUUCAAAACAAGAUAGCAGGCGACUUGGAGAACAGAGCACAGCUCAGAGAGCCCGCCAACAUUCUGAUCUUCAACGCCACUCGGUCAGACACCGCCGAGUACCGCUGCGAGGUGGCCGCCAUCGACGAUCAGAGGGACUUUGAUGAGAUUCUCAUUAGUCUGGCAGUGCGAGUGAAACCGGUGGUGCCGCGAUGCAGCGUGCCUGAGGCGGUGACAGUCGGAACGUCAACAGAGCUGCGGUGUCUGGAGAACGAGGGUUUCCCAGCACCCAUCUAUCGCUGGUUCCACAACAACGAGGAGUUGCCGCAGGACCCCAAGAACACACCCAAGUUCACCAACGCCACGUACGCCAUCAACACCGACACUGGGAGCCUGAAAUUCCGGAGGGUGAAGAAGGAGGACGCGGGGGAGUACUACUGUCAAGCCAAGAACGAUGCGGGGCACGCCCAGUGUCCCUCCCAGUGGAUGGAAGUCUACGACGUGGACAUCCUUGACAUCGUCCUGAAGUCCCUGGGCGCCGUGGUCGCCUUCAUCUUCGUGACCGCCUCUAUUUGGCAUUGCUUUUCACGCGCCUGCUCCUCCAAAAAAGGCCACGGCGAAAACGAGUUCAGUUGGCCCGCACAGAACGACGGCGUGGACUACGCCGACGCAGACGAGGGACAUUUUCGCCACAAGUCGUCGUUCAUCAUCUGAGGGCGGGAGGAGAGGAGGUAUGACGGGAAGAAGAAAGGAUGGUAAAGUUCGAGCUGUGACAAGGCACACUUUUCUCUGAUGCACAUCCAAAUCCAAUCAACCGACUUGCCAAAGGUUCCUCUUAAUAUAGUUCCGUUGGCACUAGUUCACCGUUUUGUAGCAGAUUUUCUAUUCAUUCCACACACCGUACGUGUUUUAGUUCCAGCCAUACUUGCCAACCCUCCCGAAAUUCAGCGCCUCUCCCGAAAAAACCUCCCGGGACAAAUUUUCUCCCGAAAAUCUCCCGAAAUUCAGGCGGAGCUGGAAGCCACGCCCCCCUCCAGCUCCAUGCGGACCUGAGUGACGUCAGGUGCGCAACACCACGUAAAUCGUUGGCCAACCAAAAAGAAACCCCAGUACGCUAUAGCCAACAUUCACCAGGAGAUGGCAACAGACAAACACAGAUCACUCUAUUACAUUCCUCCCCUUUUAGAAAUGUAUAGAAGUUACUCAAAAUAAAUAAACAACCCAACCAAAAAAUGCAGCAGCUCAAUUAAAAAACUGUACUUAAGCCACAUUAUUUUCUUUUUUUUUUUUAGUACUGAAUUCUUAACCCUCAUUUGUAAAAAGUAACAUGCUUAUUAUACAAACAGUAUUUGUACACCUUUAACACAGAUUUUUAUACUGUCUUCAGAGAUUCAGUUUUUUUGGUGGUACUCGAAACCUUUCUGGGUACCUGCGAGAGGGUGUUCAGCAUGGUUGGAAAAAUAGUGACAGAGAAUAGAACAAGGAUGGACAAUUCAACCCUUAACUCAACAAUGAGUAGAUGAGUGUUAUGUGUUUGUA